AUUCUUUUAGUACUAUUAAUAAGUCAUCCUGUACUCGCAUUUGUGUCUUUGCGCUUACUGCGUACAUCUGAAUAUGCAACUGUGCGCAUCGUAGCGACACAUACAACCACACCAGCGGUGUCUUGAGGGGAGAGAUGGGUUGAAGAGCAGAAACUCAUAACAGUCAACAAACGGAUGCUGCUAUGAGAUGUGAGCGAGCGAGAGAUCAUCUCACUUCCCUCUCCUUUGUCUUCUUGAAGGGUAGCCUAGUGUACAGUAGUCGUAGCCGGGUACAAAAGUGAUACAUUAACUUUUGAGUAGCUCUGUCCAUUAUCAUGUUAACACAGGAUUAACAAGACUAUUUGGUUACGCUUCCGCAACUUCAAAAAUUUAGUUUUCAUCUGUUGAAAACGUUUCCAAUCAAGGCACUAACCGUCGCGGAGACUAAAAAGCCUGAUCUCGCGCAGAAGCAUCCGCUCGUUACCACCAUCAAAGCUGCGGGUCGGGCGGCUUCCAACAUGUUCCCACCUCUGUACACCCGACCCUGAUCGGACCAAACAACCGCUUGUGAGGUCAGGUGAUUUCGACCGUCUGUAGGAGGGUGAAGCCCAUUGUCUUUGCCAUUGAGGAAGCACAGAAGUGAGUAGGCAAAGGCCUGAGAUCGAGAGAACAACAACCCUAUCUGGGUCUGAGCCGCCAUGAGUACUGAGGCCCAGGUGAAGUGUGUCCUGGUGGGGGAUAGCGCUGUAGGGAAGACUGCUCUUCUGGUCCGAUUCACCUCCGAGACCUUCCCCGACUGCUACAGACCCACUGUGUAUGAGAACACUGGAGUUGAGGUCUUUAUGGAUGGAGUGCAGAUCAGCUUGGGUCUGUGGGACACAGCGGGAAAUGACAUGUUCCGGCAGAUUCGUCCCAUGUCCUACCAGCAGGCUGAUGUGAUACUGGUUUGCUACUCUGUGGCCAAUCAUGCCUCCUUUGCCAGCGUCAGGCAAAAAUGGAUUGGAGAGAUCCGCGAGAACCUCCCUCGUGUCCCGGUGCUGGUCGUGGCGACCCAGACCGACCAGCGGGAGGCGGGCUCACACCGCAGCUCCUGUUUGUCCGCAGCGGAGGGGAAACGCCUGGCGCAGGAUGUCCGGGCCAAGGGAUACCUGGAAUGCUCCUCGCUCAGCAACCGCGGCGUCCAGCAGGUGUUUGAGUGUGCCGUGCGGACAGCCGUGAACCAGGCCAAGAAACGGACGCGCAGACGGAUGUUCAAUAUCAACGACUGUGCAAUGUUUUGACUUCUGACCCCAACCUGAACUGUGUUUCCGCUUCAAACCUGAACUAUGACCCUAACUACUAGGAAAAUGAUGUCAUAUCUAACAAGAAUUAUGCUACUCCAGUCCAGGACUGGAUCUCGACUGGGAUUAAGGUCCCUAUUUUAAUGACACUGUGCCAGAACCUGGAGGUGUGAUUGUUUUGGGACUCCUGUCUACUCAGGGUAUGGAAGCUUCUGUUGCAACACAAAACACACAAUACACACACAACAAGACCUUUGACCUUCUGGAUCAGUACACGACUCUAAAGGCUCCUGAACCCAUGAAACUGAAUUUACUACUUGAGCUUCUUGUAGGAGUGCUGACCAAGGAUCAGUUAGGCUUCUUGGACGAUCAUAAUGAGUAGGAUUAUAUAGAAGUGGGGGAUAUAUGGUCCUAGGACAGAACUCCUUGUCUUGACAAACUAUAAUACAAACACACAGACUUACAGAGACAACACACACAGAAAUUAGAUAUUACAGACAAAACUGGUCAUAUAUCAGCUUUUCUUGUCUUGGAACACACAGAUCACACACACACACACACCAAAAUCUAAGAUUCAAUUCAAAAUGGAUCCUAUGUCCCUUGUCAAACUAUAACACUCACUCACUCUCACACACACACACACACACACACACACAAAGGCAUCUAAUAUUCAAGACAAACCUUAUCAUAGAUCAUUGUUUCUUGUCUUGACAAACUAUAACACACGGACGUGUCUAAAUAUUGCUAACAUUCAAACUAUGUUUUGUAUGUAUUUUUUUAAUGUGUUUAUUAAGUUAGUUUAUGAGUUUAAUUAUUUGUUGACAUUGUCGCAGAAAAAAGACAGUUAUUUACUGCUCUAAUGGUUUGGUACCAGGGAGAAGUUUUAACAGUUAAUUUUACACCUGACAUCAAGUGUUGACGUUUUUAUGCCUGUUCAAUAUAAAAAAUAACUAAUACAACCUGACAACAGUAACAUUUAUGUUUCCAUUCUGUAGAAUACCUUCAUGAAGCAGUACCUGUAAAAUUGGUCUCAAAUGUUCUGUGUUUUAUUUACAUUAGACUUGCUGUGUGCCUAACUCGUAACAAAUACGUUAUUAAUUAGAGUAAAAAAACAUAUUUUUAGAAGUAUAUUUUAGAAGUACUGGUUAGUACUACAACAAUGGUAAGCUAUAAUAAGAGUAAAUAAUGUAAAUUAAAGUAAGGACACAAUACAACCAAUAAAGUAGUGAGUCCGAUGAAGGAGUAUGGAUGUUUAAAUUGGGUAUAGUAUUUACAGUAUUCACGUGUAUCGGGUGAAGGAGUAUGGAUGUUUAAAUUGGGUACAGUAUUUACAGUAUUCACGUGUAUCGGGUGAAGGAGUAUGGAUGUUUAAAUUGGGUACAGUAUUUACAUGUGUAUUAGGUUAGGAAGUAUGGAUGUUUAAAAUGAGUAGUAGUAAAUAACAGUUUGGAGAAUUCAUUAACACUUUAAAGAAGUUUGCUGUCUAAGAACUUGCAAAUUGAAACAGUCUCUGAGCCAGUUGGUUUGGAAUCUCUACAACAGAGCCUAUCUGUCAGAUGAACUGCGUUGUGGCCUUGAUUAUACUGCCUAUAAAAACAUAAUCCCAGCUUGACUUACAACUACAGUAUGAAGUUACUAUGUUUGAAAGUAUUGGUUUGCCUAGAUUAGGUAACUAACGUGUUUUGAAGUGCUGGCUAGAGAGAGACUUGGAGAGAAACUAUCCUAAAAGAACAGUGAGAUGGAGUGUAAAAUGCCGAGGCCAUACAAUCUAUAGGCCAAGUCCCUUUACAUUUAUGGAGAUCAAUACCUCUGAUUGAAGAUUCCGUGUAAUAUUUGAGUAGGACGAGCUACUCAUUGUGUAUCGUGUACUUCACCUGACAGCUCUCUUUUGUUGAAUUUACACUGAAGUCAUUUAGUAGAUGCUCUGAACUUCAGCACAGGACAUAUGUUUGAAUAUUUCUUCGUACUGGAAUAACCGGAUCUUGCUGAACACUUUUAUAGGCGGUGUUUAACACAUUUAAUGUGGGUUUGAAAUGUAUUAGUGUUGACGUUUGUGAUUACAUUAAUUUAGAAUACAAUUUGGCUCGAUAUGUCUAUUUGUAAAAUGUUUGAUUGUUAGAAAAUUCAGUGUCACCCCGCAAUUAUUACAUAAAUAUCUACAGUACAUAUUAUGUGCAAACAGAAAACAAACUUAUUGUGAAUUGAACUACAUCAAUAAAACAUCUUGUUUUGGGGGAUAAAGUGACAGGCUUUGGCGUAGGAAUUGACAGGAUGGUUUCCUGAUAGAAUGUAAUUUGUUAAAUGUAUUUCAAUUAAUCAAGUCUUUAGUUUUAGCUGGACACCUGAUUACAUUGAGAAUCCCUUUUCAUAUUUGGAAUGGUUAAAUUUGAUAUCUCAUGGGAUAUUUGCAGAAAAGCCAUGUAAUGGUUUGGUAAUUCCAAAAUUUGGUGGCUUGGGAAAUCUAAAUGUUUGCCUUACUGGCAAGGUUUAUGGCAUUUCUGAUAAUACCCAAAAUAUUUCUUCCAAAGUCCAGAUGUAAAAUUGUUGUUGGGCUUUGAUCCAAUUAUGUUAAUUUUUUAUAUUUAUUAUU